UUACUCGUAUGCAGAUAAUGGCGGCCAAAUUAAAUGAAAAUGUCAACACACUGGUUGCGAUAUUUUUCAUCUUGCAGAAUUAAUAUUACAUGUUGAAUAGGAAAAAUGGAUCAGAGUACACCAGUGAGACGAAAACGAAAACCUGACAACAGUGAAAGCGAAAUUGUCAACGCAGACAAGUCUUCAGUUCAGUGUGGACAACAAAUUUAUAUAAGAAGCAAACAUGGUUGGGAGACUGCUGUACUGAAAGAUGUGACAAGUGACAACAGAAGCCAUGGUAACAAGGCUUUUGUUGCAGAGACCACAUCAGGGGAGGAGUUGGUGUGCAGACAGGAGGAUGUCCUCCACUGUUCCAAUGUCCCCCUGUGUAGCACUGAGCGCUUGUCAGACCUUGCUCCACUCAACGAAGCCACAGUCCUGCAUUGUCUGUGGGAGAGGUUCGAGCUGGACUGUAUCUACACCAAGGCUGGUUCUACAGUGGUGGCUGUCAAUCCAUUCAAGGACAUCUCCGAUCUCUACUCACUAGACACCGUGGAGGCUUACUGCACAAGACAGCCAGGCAACAAGGAAUCAAAGGCCCCCCACAUCUAUGAGAUAGCGGAGGAGGCUCACGGUCGGUUGCAGCGAGACUCUCACCCCCAGGGGCAGUGCAUCAUCGUCAGUGGAGAGAGUGGGGCAGGCAAGACUGUGUCAGCCAAGCACCUUCUGAGGUAUCUGACAGUGGUGGCCAACCCUCACACAGAUCUCUCCCAAGACAGAAAACUUUCUGAAUGUACAGGAAAGGGCAAGGCCAUUGAGAGACGAAUCCUAGAUUCCAAUCCCAUCCUAGAGGCUUUUGGUAAUGCUGUUACACCAAGAAAUAACAACAGCUCAAGAUUUGGUAAAUUCAUUCAGCUGCAGUUUCAGAGGAGCGGCCAUGUGAAGGGAGCAAAGAUAGAGACUUACCUCCUGGAGAAGACCAGAGUUGUACACCAGGGGGCGGGAGACUGUAACUUUCACAUCUUCUAUCAGCUGUGUGGAGCUUCAAGCAGUGUCCCUGACACAGAACAGCCAGGAUGGGUGUGUCAGCUGAGAACACUGCUACAGGGCCACAGCUUCAACAUAGUGCCAGGGAAGGAAGGAGUAACAGAGAGAAAAUCCUUGCGAACCACUCUUGAGGCCAUGUCUGACAUCGGCCUGUCUGACCACCUUCAGCAAGCUGUGCUACAGGUAAUCGCGGCCAUUUUGUUCCUGUGUAAUGUGGACUUCACAGCAGAGGAUGAGGACUACAGUCGACUCAGCUCACAGUCAGCUCAGAUGUCCUUCCUGGAGCGAUCGUGUCUGGAGCUGUCAGCAACCUGCGAGGCGAGGGUGCAGUGCUGCCACCUGCUGGGCAUCUCUGCUGACACUCUAGAGCAGGUGCUGCUCCACCGUAGCAUCGAGUCCGGGGGCAACAAGCGUCGCAGUGUCUUCGUCAAACCCCUCUCCAUAGCUGAUGCUCGCACUCGGCGGGACUGUCUGGCCAUGCUCCUGUACUCCAGACUGUUUGAUUGGUUGGUCAACUUCCUGAAUCAGCAGAUUAAAUCGGAGGAGCAAUCCCGAAUGAUUGGAUUACUGGACAUCUAUGGCUUUGAGAUGUUUGAUGUCAACAGUCUGGAACAGCUGUGUAUCAAUUACGCCAAUGAGAAGCUGCAGCAGCAUUAUGUCUGUCACUUCCUGGGAGACCUGCAGAGAGAGUAUGAAGCUGAGCACAUUCCAUGGCGACACAUUGAUUACCAUGACAACCAGCUGUGUCUUGAUGUGCUGGAGGGGAGAGUUGGAGUCUUUGGUGUGCUCAAUGAGGAAGUGUACCUCAACAGGAAGUCUAACCCCCGGAGUCUCGGGGAGAGGGUGCUGGAUGUCAACAACAGUGCCCCCAUCAAGCGCCCCAAGACCUUCUCCACACAUCCUGGCUUUGUCAUACAACACUACGCUGGAGAUGUGCGGUACGACUUGGAGCAAAUCACAACCAAAAACAAAGACAACAUUCCCGUGGAGUUGGUACGGCUGCUGCAGCAGAGUGACAACGCUUUCUUGUCUCACCUGUUUGAAGAGUUCCACACUGUGGAGAUGUCAGGCAGGAAGAGGAAAACUGUCCUCACUAAAUUCAAGGUUUCUCUUGAUGGUCUCUUGGCAACACUCAAGUCAUGUGAUGUUCACUACGUCCGCUGUAUCAAGCCGAACCAGCACAGUCAGCCAGGCCAGCUUGAUCCAACCUUUGUCCUCCAACAGCUGAAGGCUAACGGCAUCCUUGAGACAGUGGAGAUAUGCAGGAAGGGGUACUCUGCCAGACUGCCGUACUGGGACUUCCUGCAAAGAUACGGCCUCCUCAUUCGAGAUGAGGAGUGGAGAGCAGAUGGGUCCGGGGACAAGGGAGGUGAUGUCUCUGACCCUGUGGAGAUCUUACUACAGAAACAGCGGUCUGCCACGCCACACCACUCCACCACUCCACAGAGAGUGCUCAGAAGGAGGACAGGAUUGUCCAGUCUUGACCACACCCGCAAGUGUUGUGCAGUUGUUCUGUCUCGAGUCCUUGGGCCUCAGUUUGUUCAAAAUGGUGGAGUUCGAGAUCAGUUUGGAAAGAAUAAGAUCUUCUUGCUGCAGCAACAGUUUGAGGCCCUGGAGGCAGCACGGAAUGGCCUCCUAGCCAGAUACGCCAUGACCCUCCAGAGGGCCUGGCGGAGAUACCUGGAGUGGAGGCAGAGGAGGAGGAUGCUGGCUGUGGGGGUUAUCUGGGCUGCCUGGAAGACGUACACCGAGCGGAGGUGUCGUGCUCGACAACACAUGGCUGCCUGCUGUAUACAGAGAGGAGUGCAGUGCUGGUUGGCCAAAUGUCGACUGAGGGAUGCCCUGAAGGCCAUCCACACCCGGACCAUAGUUCCUGGGUCGUCAUGGGUACAGCAGAGUCCAAGUCAAGGCGGCAAGAGGAAGCUGCAGCUCAACCCAUCAGAUAGACACCCAGUGUCCAGCGGUACCCCCUGUCCUCAGGGUCUGGCGGUCAGCAAGGAAAACCUGAACCCCAGGACAGAUCUUCCGUCUGUGUGGGAGUCGCUGUCUGAAGACUCUGGUAUCGAUGAUGGUGCCCAGGCUGGUGGCAGUGGGUACGACAUGACGGGGCCACCGACCAAGAGACUGAAACUGACUUGCUCCACCUACGGCAACCUCCAUGACGUCCACAUCGGCGAUGGUGUCGUCACCCGCAGAAAGAUACCAGUGGGUGGUAUGAGGUUCCACACCAGGGCGAGCGUGCUCAAGAAUGCCCAUGUUGUCCACAAGAGGGAGCUGGAGAGGGGCAUCACAGACUGUCUGAUGGACAACCUUGACUGACCUGCUGUUCCUGGAGUACCUCAGCAUUGACUAUAAUCUCUGCGCUUGUAAACAAUCUCUGUGCCAUUCCGAACAGAUACAGUGAAGACUCACAACAGAAACCCGCAUAUUCUUGUACAUAACAGGCGAUGGGGUAGCCUAGUGGUGAGAGCAUUCGCUCGCCACGCCAAAGACCUGGGUUCAAUUCCCCACAUAACUACUAUGUGUGAAGCCCAUUUCUGGUGUAGCCCGACGUGAUAUUGCUGGAAUAUUGCAACAAAUGGUGUGAAAUCAUGCUCUGUCACUCACUUGUACAUAUCGAUAUGACAUUUCGUUUCUGAGUUCAAUAUUUAUUCAGGGUGCAUGUUCAUUAAGAUUUGCACAUUAUUCUAGCUGCAAGCUUGUUAGUCCACUGUGAUUUCAGGGGCCUAUUGCACAAAGCUAUAUUAGCGCUAAGGUAAUCAUAACUCCCAUACUUUAGCAUAAGUUUCAUAGCACUAAGAUGACUUUGUGCAACAGGGCUCAGUCCACAAAGGGAUACUGGGGCUACGAGUGCGGGAAUAAAUGUUGAAGUAUCGGAGCUAUGGUCAUUUUCCACCUAAGAUGACCAGGAAGGUGCCAUGGAGACGCUCAGUAUAUCCUCAUCCUGAAGUUUGUUGUUAGUUGGAUUUAACUGUACAUUUCUUAAGAAAGGAGACAUAGCUAAAUGGCUAACUCUUUUGAGGUAUUUGUUAAGAUUUUAUAACACUUGUUUCUACGUUAUCAGAUAGUUAUAUUUGUUUGUGAUAGAAGCUGUAUAGUGUAUUAAUCAAUCCAGUUUGAAAAUUGUUAAUCAAGAUUGAUCAUAAUUAGAUGCUAUCACCAGCUGUUUGUUAUAGUUUUGUAUCUUGCUUUACUUGGUCGCAUAUGAACAUUCCAUAAUACUUGCCUUGGACCACUUGACAUUAAUGGUUUUAGCUCUGAGACUUUUGUAACACCUGUACUUUAACAUAGUCUAACUAUUGGAGUGCUGAGAUCGGUUUGUGCAAGUCAGCACUGAGCAGGAAGUGCAUGUGUGACCUGAAUCUGUAUGGUGUCUUUCAAUACUCUGUGAUAUAUGGGUAUAAAAUGUGUCAAACCAC